CUCGGCCGACCUUCAUCCAACAAAGGCCUCAAGUUCAAUGCUCAAGCUUCCAACAACCGUACCAAACACAAGGUGGCCUAGGUUUUCAACAACAAAAACAACUUGACAAGCUAUCUAAGCUUGAAGACCUAGUGAACACCUUUGUGAGUACGAGCGCUCAAAAGUUCGAGAAGAUAGAGCAAUUUAUGGAUGUGGCGACUACCAAGUUUACCUCGGUUGAGGCGAGUCUCCGAAGCCACCAAGAAAGCCUCCAAAGUUUGGAGGUGCAAAUCGGCAACCUUGCCGGCAUCCUCACCGAGAGACCGAAGGGAGCCUUACCUUCCCAAACCGUGGCGAACCCCAAGGAUCACGCCGGGGUGAAUGCAAUUCAAGUGGGGAGUGUGAAGGUGAAUUUGGAAGUCGCCACUAAAGAAGUGAUUGAGAAGGAAGAUGCCAACCCAAAGGACGCAGAGAAAAAGCCCUCGCGGAGAAAGUGGAAGGCGGCAAAGAAGGCAUCGCCGCUGAGUGGGUACACGCCACCUCUUCCUUACCCCACGAGGAUGUACAGGGAGAGGUUGGAGAACGAGUGUGGAGGUUUCAUGGAAAUGCUCCGCAACCUCCACCUCAAUAUCCCUUUCCUUGAAGCCAUGGCUCAAAUGCCAAGAUAUGCCAAGUACCUCAAAGGAUUCCUCACCAAGAGAGCAAAGCUUGAAGGCCCCGCAACGUGACUCUUGGUGAGGAGUGUUCGGCUUACCUCCUCAACCGCUUUCCCAAAAAGCGGUCCGGCCAAGGUAGCUUUACUAUCCCUCUUGAUAUUGGUAACCAUCACAUAGACAAUGCCUUGGCGGACCUAGGAGCUAGUCUUAAUGUGAUGCCCUACAAGCUUUUCAAAUAGUUAGAAGUAGGUGAACUUAAGACCACUAAGCUUAGCAUCACUUUAGCCGACUGUUCGGUCAUUAGCCCAGGAGGAAUUGUGGAGGACAUGUUGGUGCGAGUGGGCAAGUUUUGCUAUCCGACCGAUUUUGUGAUUCUUGAUAUAAGUGAGGACUCGGAUAUGCCGCUCAUACUCGAUCGCCCAUUCCUCGCCACAGAAAAGAGAUUAAUAGACGUUAAUGAGGGGG